CUAAUGGAUCAAUAUAUUGCAUGCAUUGUGAAUUCUGCCGCACUACAUUUUGUGUUUCAUCAGUCCUAAUUGUGAUAUUUUGCGAAGUUUGUGAAAUUCGCUGCUAGGUGUGUAUGGCUUCUUCUGCGUUAAUAGGCUUCCUUCACCUCGAUUGGCCGAGCUGGUCACAUGGGUGCCCAACUUUAUUCAGUUGACAGCAAGUAGGAGGGCUUUAUGGAGGGAGGAAAAAAAGACAACUCGAGAAAAAUUAGUAUUUUCUACCUUCAGAAAUUAAUGGCCAUGAGUUCGUACAUGGUAAACUCCAAGUAUGUGGAUCCAAAAUUUCCUCCCUGCGAGGAAUAUUCGCAGAACAGUUAUAUACCUGAGCAGGGCUCGGGCUAUUACAGUCCAUCGCAGGACACUGAUUUCCAGCAUCCAGGGAUCUACUCACGGUCAAACUACUCGGAGCAACCCUACAGUUGUAACACUGUGCAGGGCUCAACGGUACAGCCACGGGGUCAUGUGCAGGACCAAGCCAGCCACCCCAACUCCUUUCCCGCACAGACCGAACAGUGUUCCCCGGUCCAAAUAUCCGGCCCGAGGACUUGUGGCCAACAGCAAAACACAAAGAACCAGAACGGGAUACAAAGCACGCAGCCUGCAAUAGUUUAUCCCUGGAUGAAGAAAGUCCACGUUACCACGGUGAACCCAGAUUAUACAGGACCGGAGCCCAAACGCUCCCGGACAGCCUACACCAGGCAGCAGGUUUUAGAACUGGAAAAGGAAUUUCAUUUUAACAGGUAUCUGACCAGACGGCGCCGCAUUGAAAUCGCGCACACCCUGUGUCUCUCUGAGCGACAGAUUAAAAUCUGGUUUCAGAACCGGAGAAUGAAAUGGAAAAAAGAUCACAAACUGCCCAACACGAAGGGAAGGUCGACGUCGGCUGCAAACCAGCACGCAAAACACGUUCAGAAGGACAACCAGACAGAUAUCACAACUUUAUAAGCGUAGUGGAGCCUUCAACUCGCCCAUGAAGUCCAGACGAACUGUGUAUAAUAGACAAUGCUUCAUUUGCCUUUGCAUGGUCUUAAAAGAUGACUUUUUUGACACCAGUGAUAUUUAAUGUGAACCAGAAGCACACAUCAUUACCAAACAGUGUGAGUGGACUGGAUGAGAGGACUGAAAGCUGAAAUAUCUCCAUUUCCACCGAUGUAAGUAUGAAAAAGGAUAGAAGGGCAUCACAAUAUGCUUCCCAUGCUGCCAUGAGGUAUAGUAGAUAAUAAAGCUUGCCAAAUCUAUAUAAAAGCACGGAGUUUUCCUAAGCUACCUUUAUUAGAUUUUCUCUAUCAUUCAUUCUUAUCCAUGCAAAUGCGUUACAGCAGCAUUUGCGACCUGUGAAUUUGUUAAAUUAUUUCUUUAAGAAGCAGCAGGUUUACGACUACGGCCUGUGAAUUUAUUCAUUUGUUUCAUUACUUUACUACUCUAAGCUUCCGUUAAAGCUCACGGAAUUACAAAUCUCUGACCUAUUUCUUACUUUCGCUUCACGAAUUUUUAAAUUUUGUAUUAAUCAGGAAUACAAUUCACAAAAAAAAAUCAAGUUUUCAUAAGAAUUCGAAAAAUCAUCCAGAAAUUGGAAUUUAGGAAUUGCCCACAACAUCACAAAAUUCGAAAAGUCGUAAAAUGUGAACCGUUAUUAUUUUACAAAUACUGGAUUUUUAUAAUAAUCUUCCGAACAAAUUGUCCUUUUAAAAUAAAUUAAACAGCCAAUGUGACUUCUGCUUAAUUUCGAAGCAAAUAUCCCAGUGUGUUGACCAUACUAUUGGAUACCUUUACGGCUAUAAAUCUCACUUGACAGUUUUGUAAACAGUGUACAAUUAAAGAAGCUGCAUAUCUGUCUUCCAGAUGUCAGUUGAAAUACCUAAAUAAUAGUGCAUUUAUUAUUUCACUUACUUUUGCAUUUCUAGAUACACCUUUAGAUCUUGAGUACUUUAUUUAUUAAAUUUCAGAACGAGAAUGCUGAAAAUGUUGUGUUUAUAUUCUACGUGAAUUUAAGUGAUCGUUCCUUAAAUCUAAUAAGUUCAUUUAUGAAAAGUGUGUUAUUUUUAUUCUAUAUAUUUCUGUAUUUUGUGCAUAUUUUCUACAAGCACAUUUUGUAGUAAAUGAGUAAUAGAGGCCAUUAAGAAAAGGUUUACUCACAAACCACUUCGCAUACCCUGUUGAAGUAAUAACAUGCUGUGUACUGUUUGGAAAAAGGAAAUAACUGCUCUGCCGUUUUUACGUUUGAUUAAAAAAGAAAAAGAAAAUAUUUUUGGCAAAAAGAGAAUGGGACCGGGUCUGAAAUGUGAGUCGGGCCAUUCACGUCGUGAUUAAAGAUCGAAUGUUCUACUG